GUUGUGCCGCCGCCGCGCGGUGCGCCCCCCGCCCCAUGGAUCCGCCCGCGGGGGCCGCGGCCACCGAAAAGGAUCCUGCGGCCAGAGACGAACCUGAGCAUGCCAAGGUCUCGGCGCCAGCUGGGGAUCCCCCGUCCAGGACGUCGUCCCCGCACAAAGCUGGACACUCGCUGGAAGACUGGGACACUGUGGCCACAGUGGGGACCGGAACCUUUGGCCGCGUGAACCUGGUGAAGGAGAAGACAGGCAGGCGGUACUAUGCCUUGAAGAUUAUGAGCAUCCCGGAAGUCAUCCGCCUGAAGCAGGAACAACAUGUGCAGAAUGAGAAGGCAGUCCUGAAGGAAAUCAACCAUCCCUUCCUUGUCAAGCUGUUCUGGACUGGCCAUGACCACCGCUUUCUAUACAUGCUAAUGGAGUUCGUGCCUGGUGGUGAGCUGUUCACCUACCUGAGGAACCGUGGCCGCUUCUCCUCAGCUGCUGGAAUCUUCUACUCCACAGAGAUUGUGUGUGCCAUCGACUACCUGCAUGCCAAGGAGAUUGUCUACAGGGACCUGAAGCCUGAAAACAUUCUUCUAGAUCGGGAAGGACACAUUAAACUCACCGACUUCGGCUUCUCCAAGAAACUGGUGGAUAGGACAUGGACCCUCUGUGGGACACCAGAAUACCUCGCCCCAGAAGUCAUUCAGAGCAAAGGCCAUGGGAGGGCCGUGGACUGGUGGGCACUGGGCAUCCUUAUAUUCGAGAUGCUGUCUGGGUUUCCCCCAUUUUUUGAUGACAACCCUUUUGGGAUUUACCAGAAAAUCCUUGCCUGCAAAAUAGAUUUCCCCAAACACUUGGAUUUCACCUCUAAGGACCUCAUCAAGAAGCUGCUGGUGGUGGACAGGACCCGGCGCCUGGGCAGCAUGAAGAACGGGGUAGAAGACAUCAAGCGGCACCGGUGGUUCCGGGGUGUGGACUGGGAUUCUGUGCCACAGAGGAAAUUGAAGCCACCCAUUGUGCCCAAGUUAUCCAGUGACGGCGACACCUCCAACUUCGAGACUUAUCCAGAGAGUGACUGGGACAAGACCCCGCCUGUAUCCGACAAAGAACUGGAAAUGUUCAAAAAUUUCUGAGGAUGGGAACCCACAUCUGCAAGGGUCUUGAAGAAUUCAUGCAGCACUGGGGACCAGAAUUGUUUUUUUGUUUUUUGUUUUUUGUUUUUUUCUGAAAAACCAGAAGGAUUCCGAGUAUGUAUCCACUAUCCCUUCGAGGUUGACGGGAUCAUUGACCUCAGGCCCCAGCCUCAUUUUGACAACUGGAAACUUGCCUCGUGGGAAGUUUGCAAAACAUGUUAAACUGCACAUGUUUUCUUUCUUCGUGAGUCUUGUGUUCUUGCUGUGGGUUUAGGUUUUGUUGUUGUUGUUUCUCUACUGAAUUUUGUAAGUUUGAAUUUGACCCAUUUGAUGAUAGCUGUCACUGUGUAUAUGCACAGAAAUUGUGCAAAACUGGAUGUCUGGUACUUUGACACGCCUGUGACCUGUUUAUUUUCAAAGCUUUCUGAAAAAUCUGUCACCCUGCAGGCAAAAAAAAAAGGGGGUGUGCGAUGUAUGCAUUUUUAAAAUGCUUUUCUAUGCAUUUUGCAGGCAUUUGUGUGUGUUGUUUAGUUGUUUAUUUUGUUCCUCUCUGGUCACUAUAAACUCAGAAGUUGGGAAGCCACAUGCCCUACAGGCCCCCCAUUCAAAUAUGGCACAAACAAGUGGCUUUCCCCAGUCUUCCAGUUUAGACGUCUGCAGUAAAAUAUCCUUUCCUAAAGUUAAGCCAGAACUCUGCAUACUGCAUUAGCCACAUGGCAACCUGGGUGCAAAGUUUGCCUUUUUAUGAUAAUACAAAUUUAGCCACAUUUCCCAAAAGGGAACUUCAAGGAUCCACCCCACAACUCCCUCCUGUCGUAAGUGACAUUUUCUUCCCACCAAACUCAAUCCUGUUCUCCCAGCCUCGUCCAUCUGUAAAAACUCAGGUUCCAGGCGGGGAGCUUUUAUGAACGUUUGUACAGAGCUGUAUUUUCAGUCAGCUUUCCCAACCUUUCCAAUAUGCAAAAUAACUGGGUUAUGUACUAUGAACAAACAUACACAGGAGAUAGAAUUCUGGUUAUAAUCUAGCAAAAUAGGCAUGCUGACCCAAUAGGUGCUGUCAGCAUUUGAUAUUACAUAGAAAAUUAUGUAAAAUUAGCAUAGGAAACAUUGCCUUAAUUCUAAACACAUAUGAGGAGAUCACACAUGCACACAUGUACCCACUGUGUGCUCCUAAUGUACUUAGCAAUCUGACCUCUGAUCCUAAAAAUCAAAUUUAACACCCUUAAUUGGGCUGUAAAUUAUACUGUGUUAUGUCAUUGUAGUGGCAUCAGGUAGUGCAUAGGAAUCAUAAUUUUUUAUUUGAAUAUUUUUAAUGAGUGUGCGUGUGACUACAGUACACGCGGGGGCCAGCAAAGCACUCCAGAGACCCUGCAGCUGGACACACAGGUGGUUGUGUGUUGCCCUGUGCAUGCUGGUAACCCAAUCUGAGUCCUCUGCAGUCCACAUAGUUGACAUGCAAAAAAUAAAUAAAAUUAGGAAGGGGUAAUGGGGUAAAAACAACCAGGAGAAAGGAUGAGGAAAGUAUGUCCAAGGAGAACUGUGCACCCAGCACCUUCUCAUAAAGCAACCGGACAGUUAAUAAAUUACAAAUUCCUCAGGUGGUGGCUUGAUUCGAACCAAGCACAAAAGAUUAAACAAUCAGUAACCAAUACUAAUUAAAAAACAAAUCCCCAUUCUCUCCAACCAAGACUGAUUUUUCUUUUUAGUGUUUAGUAGAGAUAAAAUACUAAGUGCUGUGGAAUGGUGCUUGUCUCCCCUAACUAGCUGUUUCAUGUUACACUGUAAAAUGUGAUUAGAUGGCUAAAUACUGUUCAUGUGACCCUCAGGCUGUGCAGAUAUCUCAACAUUGGACCAAAACCUAUCAGUCAAUCACCACUGUGCUGUUCUGUGAACCCUAGCCAAGGUUCAGCAUUGUGUGGGUCUUGAUGUUGGAGUGAAAAGCCGGAGAAGGGUUAUUCCUGGCUGUAGAUUUUGAGGUGUGUCGUUUUCCUGGGUUUUUUGUGUUUUGUUGUUUUAUUGUUGUUGCUGUUUUUGAUAAAGUUCCAUAGGGAGCAUUGAUGAAACCCUGACACCUGUCAUUCUUGUUUCUCACACACACUGCAAGCCACCUGAAAAUUGUGAUGCAAAGUCAAGGGUUUUGCAUGGGUUGGUUCCCCCAUCUGUGUAUGUGUGUGUCCGUGUGUCCAUGUCCCAUACUGUUUCUUGUUCCCAUCAGAUCUGCCUUGCGAACCACACAGCCUUUGCAUCCAACCGCACACUGUCAUUUCCUGGGGCAGGGAGUCCGGGGUUACUCCAGUAGGUUAUGUAAUAGACUUCGUUACUUGUGUGACUUAGGGGGAGUGAGCAGGAGCCUCCCAGGCCCUCCGGGUCCUCACAGGACCAGACUCAAACCCCCUUGGCAACCUCAGUUCUUCUCACAGUGUGGGUACACACCACUUGACCUCCUCAUGUAGCAGGUGUCACGUGCACUGUACAGGUGCGUCCCCACUGCUGAGCACCUGCUGGCUCGCCUGAAAUUAUCACUCAAAAUGAAAAAGCCUGUUUUUUUCCUUACAUUCUAAUCCUGCUGCACAAUUAAAAAUCACUGUGAUUUGUGUAUAUAUCUAUCUAUAUCUUUCUAUAUAUUUGCCCCAGGAAAAUUUUUCUGCUGUCUAAUUUAUAAAAUAAUACUAUUGAGUCCAGGUUUGUUUAAUAAAAGUUUGUAUGCUAAGAAA